AUGCCUGCACAUUUUUGCAAGAUUUUGGAAAAAAUUUCAAUUGACUUGGAAGUUUUAGAAAUAGGAGACUGUAAAUGCUUACCUGAUGAUUUUCCUAUGUAUUUAAAAAAAUUAAUCAAUUUAAGAUCCUUAAGAUUAAUAAAUUGCCAUGGUAGGUGGGAUAAAUUUGCAAUGGAAUAUUUUUCUGCCAUUAGAUCUCUAAAAAAGUUGAAGAACUUAGAACUAGUUAACAUUGUAUUUAAUCAAUGUGUGAAAGAACAAUUAGAACAAUGUGAUGGUAUAACAGGUCUAUUGAUAAUUCCUGCCAUUUACCUCCUAGAAGUAAGUAUUAUACUAUUGCAAUAUUUAACACACCUAUUGAAUCCUACUAAAAUUAUGUAUUCUUUUAGUUAGCAAAUAACAAUUGUCACCUACUUCAUUGCUUGGAAAAACUCUCCAAAACAUUAAAACAUGUAGUUUUGGGAAUAACACAUGGUGUCCUUCAGAUAGGUAAUUUAUACAAUGUUCAUAAGGUAAAAAAUCAUCAUAAUCUUGGCUACAUUAUGGGUGGAGAAACAAGAAAAUGUGAAGACUGUAUCCCAAUUUUAAGGUCAAAAAUACUACAACCAGACCCUUUAGACUUAAGACACCGUGUAACUCAUAAAGACAAGGCAGUUGAUGUUCAAAUAUUGACAGUAUCAUUCCUACAAUACUGGUUAAAUUCAAUGAUGGUAAACACUAAGUGUAAAGUAAUUAAGAUACACUGCUCAGAACAUGAUCAAAUGUAUUUAUCAGAACACUUUAAUGAUCUUUAAAUAAAAUUAUAGUUAAAUGUAUUAUUCAUGUUUCUCUUAUUUACUAGAAGUAUACAAAUUAAAUAUUUCACUAAAAUGUUUUAAAUUAAAAUUCAAGGACACAUACUUCGUGGUGCAAGAAGUCUGUGUUAAUUUAGAUUAUUAAUAAUUUAAGCUAUAAUGUUGAUUACUUUGUAAAAUAACUGCUUAUAAC